GCUCGGCCCGGCGAGAACGGACGCCCGAAGUCCUUCGGCAUCAUGGCGCUCUGGCGGCCGGCGCUGCUGUUGCUGCUCCUCCUCCUCCUGCUGCUCCGCUACAGAGUCCUGGCGAUAGAGCUGUUUUCUAAAAAUAUCAAUCCGGUGGUGGAAGAAUUUCGACAGGCGGAACUGUCCUGCGUUAUUGCUGCCACCAAAACAGCGAAUCCCAGGAUUGAAUGGAAGAAAAUCGGCAGCCAAGGCACAACCUAUGUGUAUUUUGACGGCAAGGUGCAAGGGGAAUGGGUGAACCGGGUGCAACUCAUCAGCAGGACGUCCCUGACCAUCUACAACGUCACCCGAGCUGAUAAAGGGAUCUACCGGUGUGAGGUGGUAGCUCCCGAUGAUACCAUCCUCGGUGCAGAAAUCAACGUUAACCUAACGGUUCACGGUAUGUUUCUCGAUAAACCUGGAUUAAGCCUCAUAGGCCAUGCCUGUUUCCCUUGUAUAGGAACCCAGAGUGGAAAGCAAGUUUUUAAAGCCUUUGAGGAAGUCCACAAAGGAGAUUCGGGUCGCUACAGCUGCCGAGCCACGAACGUCGUGGGUGAAGCCUGGUGCGAAGGGAUCGAAAUGGAAGUCUAUGACCUUAAUAUUGUUGGGAUUGUGAUUGGAGUGUUGGUGGUGCUGAUCGUCCUGUCCCUGACCACAGUGGGGAUCUACUGUGCCUACAGGAACGGUUUCUUUGUCCACAACAAACAAAACGGAAACAGCUACAAGACUCCAACAAAACCAGAUGGCGUGAACUAUAUUCACACAGAUGAGGAGGGUGACUUUAGACACAAGUCCUCCUUUGUGAUCUGAAACAGCAGAGGCCCUUCGAUUUGGCCCGGUGGCGAGACCAGAAAAACCUUCCUCCCCAACGGGCAAUCGCCGAUGUGUGUGUGAAAACGUGUCCCUUUUUACUCCUUUCGCAUUUACAAGCACGCGGGCGCAAUGACCGUGGUGGGUGGGUUUUUUUAAAAAACAAAACAAACUCUU